CCUGGGGAAGUCAGGGAAUGGGGAGAAGGGGUCUGGGCGCUGAACUGGGGGGGCACCCAGGGGUCUGGGACCCCCCAAUUUGGGGACUUGGGACAUUGGGGGUCCCCAGGGGUUUGGGACACCCCCCCCUUCUCCAAAUUUGGGGUUCCAGAGAUUGAGGUGGUAAUUUGGAGGGUGCAGGAUCCCCCAGUUGUGGGACUGAGGUGUGGGGGUCGCCAGGGGUCCAGGCGGCCCUGCCCCCCCCCCGAGCCGGGUUUCGGGGCCCCCCAUGGAGUUUGUGGCGCUGGGGGGGCCGGAGGGGCCCCCCCCAUUCCCCGACGAGCCCGGAGCCUUCCUGGGGCUGGGGGGGCCCGAGGGGCUGGAGCCGGGGGGGCUUCUGGGCCCGUACCCCCCACCAGGCCGUCUGUCCCUGGUGUCCUGGCCUGAGGGGGGGUCUCUGGGGGGCCCCUCCUGGACCCCUCCCCCCCCGGAGCCCCCCCGGUUCCUGGAGCUGCUGCAGCCCCCCCGGAGCCCACCCCCCCCGGGACCCCUCCUGGCACCGCCGGCCCCGCCCUGCGAGGCGCGGGAGUGCGUGAACUGCGGGGCCACGGCGACGCCGCUGUGGCGCCGGGACGGCACCGGGCACUACCUGUGCAACGCCUGCGGGCUGUACCACCGGCUCAACGGGCACAACCGGCCCCUCAUCCGCCCCAAGAAGCGCCUGCUCAACGGUCACAACCGGCCCCUCAUCCGCCCCAAGAAGCGCCUGCUGGUGAGCAAACGCGCGGGCACCGUGUGCAGCAACUGCCAGACGAGCACCACGACCCUGUGGAGACGCAGCCCCCGCGGGGACCCCGUGUGCAACGCCUGCGGGCUCUACUACAAACUGCACCGGGUGAACCGGCCGCUGACCAUGCGCAAGGACGGCAUUCAGACCCGCAACCGCAAGGUCUCGGCCAAGGGCAAGAAGCGGCGCCAGGGGGGGGGCGCCGGGCCCGUGGGGGUCCCCGAAACCUCGGUGGGACCCCCUCUGCCCCCCCCCGCGCCCCCCCAGCCUCCCCCCGAGGACCCGGCCUCACUCUUCGCUCUCGGGCCCCUCGUCCUGUCCGGGCACCUCCUGCCCUUCGCCCCAGCUGGGCCCUUCCUGGGGGGCCCCGGUGGAGAUUACGUGGCCCCCCCCACCCCCAGCGCGGCCCCCCCCGGGCUCAGCCCACAGCUUUAACGGGGGGAUCCCAAUACAGUUUGGUAUCAAAACAGA